AUGGCUGCGUCUAAAACUCCAAUCUAUUAUCCUGGCAUCCAGAUUUCGCAAUUCCUUCCACUUUUCAGUGACAUUAUACAAGUUUUUGAAAAAGUUUUUAAGAUAUACCAUGAUGCUGAGCAUAACAAACGUAUUUGUGGCGCAAUAUUCGAUAGAGUAUCCGCUGUAGAAGUAAAAAUUCGCUCUUUAAAGUUUCGAUGGGAUGAACAUAGAGAAUCUUUUACUCAAAAAAAUUAUACAGUUUUGCAGAAGCUUUGUGUGGAAUCAAUCGAAGCAAUUUUUUAUGACUUAGCUAAAGAAUUUGAUAGUUAUAUAGAUGAACUAGAUCUAGUUAUCUCAGUCGAUGAUGAAUGCCGUAAGCUAGAAAAACAAAUCAUAAGAAACGAUAUCGAGGAUCUUAAUAAAUAUCUUGGAAACAUGUAUAUAAGCGAUUUAAAUGAGCAAAAUGCAAAUUCCUGCAUAGUUUUUGCGAAUAAAUUUAAUCAAAUGUUAAGAUUUAUUCCCUUUAAUACUCAAAAGAUUGGAUAUGGUUCUUCAAUCUUAAAUGGCAUACGAUCAAUUUCAUGUGACAAACCUGGCCUAUCAUUACGACAUCAAAUUCAUGUACCGAAUUUCAAAGUUAUUAUUCAGGACGACAAAAUUAAUAAUGAAAUAAAUAACAAAAUAUUAUUCAAUAUUAAUGAAGUAGAUUACAAAAAAUUAAACAUUCAAAUAUAUGAUGAUAACGACAAUCAGUGCAUUUCAUUUGUUAUUGAGGAUAAAGUGUAUCAGUGUAUUCUUCCUGAUACAAAAAACAUUGAAAAACCUCAAGAUAUCAAUCCAUAUCCCCCAUAUCCCCUCUUUCGAAUGCUGAUUCAAUUCACCUUUCAGCUUAUCGCAGAUUAUCGUAGAAAGAACAGAUUUGAAAUUUUAGAUAUUUCGGAAAUUUCAGGAAAGAUUUUUAAACAUUAUGAUCCGUAUCAAAAACCAAUUAAGAAAAAACAUUCUAGUCAAAUUUACAAAAAAUGGAAAAAUACUAUGAUUCCUCGCGUUAUUAAAGUCCAACGCAUGCAACAAGGAACAGAAUCUUCUACCAUAUUACUUAUUGAGUUGGAUAACAAAAAUAACGUGAUCAACCGCUCUAAGCAAGACAACAAUAAUCGCAAUGCAAAAUUACUAGCUAAUAAAAGUUCUGUAUUUUUCAAUAAUGUUACAUUGGCUCUUUCAACGUUCUUUGCUUUUAGCCUUGACACGAUGUCCUUUCUAAAUAAUGAGGAUCAUGGUUAUAAAAGUUACGAAGAUCAUUUUGGUCAUAUCG